AUGAAAUUUCAGAAGACUUUUGAAGCAACGAGAAAUCAGCUUGCUGCUGAUGCCAAAAAAUUUCAGAUUAUCUACCUAAAACCCACGGAAUGGUUUCCAGAACACCUGACUGGGAAUAAUGGACGAACAGAAGACACCUCCUAUUUCAAUUUGUACCAUCGCAAUCCAGCCCAAGAGAACAGUGAAUUUACCGCUCUCCAGAAGUCUGUUGCCUGUGAAAGAGCGUCUGAGGAGAAGAGAUUCACGCUGCAAUCCGAUAUGCUUUUGACUCUUCGUGAAACCGAAUAUUCGAGUCGCCUUGACAGAUGCUCCAAGUUACGGUUUUGGAGCAGUGUUCCCCUCAUGUUUAUCCUAAUUGACUCAGGGAAGGCCAUAGCUCAUGCAUAA